CGGAAACUGAAUGCAUGCUGCCGACUGACACUGGGUAAUACAUGAGACAAAAGGCUGCUGGCAAAUGAGGCGGGAGUGCGAACGAGUUUAAAAAGAAUUUUCUCACCGACAGCGUGAAAGACUGAAGAGAGAAAUAAAAAACUGUAAUUUACUGUAACAUCUAGAUGGAUAUAAAAAAGGAGACCUGUGUGGCUGACAUUAAUUCCUUGGAGAUAACAACUGUGAGUAUUAAGGAGGAGGACUGUGAAUGGGAGCCUGUCCACCUUAAAUGGGAGCGUCUGGGCAUUAAGGAGGAGAAAUGUGAAGUGGGGCUAGUGUGCAUUAAAGAAGAGGCUGAAGAGAAGGCUGUCAGCAUUGAGAUGCACAAAGUUAAAAAUGUGGAGAGUGCCAAGGAAGGUGAACUUCAUCAUGGAUGUCAAGGUGGAGUGAUAACGGGGUUAGUCUCUUCACAGAGCAGGCACUGUUCAUCUGUCAAUGUAAAAUCUGAAUCAUUAGAGUGUGACGCAGAGGUGACUGAGAAAAAAUCAUCUGUUAGGACUCAGGAAGAUCAGCCACCACCUACAGAACAGUCUGGUAAAAGUGACAAACCUCACUGCUGUUCUGAAUGUGGCAAAGGAUUCUCCCGAAUCGACCAUCUUCAGAGCCACAAAAGAAUUCACACAGGAGAGAAGCCAUAUUGCUGUUCUGAAUGUGGCAAAUAUUUUUCACGUUUCACCAAUCUUCAGAGCCACAGAAGAAUUCACACAGGAGAGAAGCCGUAUUUCUGUUUGGAAUGUGGCAAACGAUUCUGUUACCCAAGUGGUCUUCGCAGCCACGCCAAUAUUCACACUGGAAAGUGGCCAUAUUGCUGUCCAGAAUGUGGUAAACACUUCCGUGAGAGUCGCAGUCUUCAGAGACAUGCUGCAAUUCACACCGGAGAGAAGCCGUUUGGCUGUUUGGAAUGUGGCAAACGAUUCUGUGACAAGAGUACUCUGCAGAGACACAAAAGAAUUCACAGAGAAAACAAGCCAUAUUGCUGUUUGGAAUGUGGUAAACAAUUCUGUGACUCGAGUAGUCUUAGGAGCCACUCAGUUAUUCACACUGGAAACAAGCCAUAUUGCUGUUUGGAAUGUGGCAAACGCUUCCGUGACAGGGGUGGUCUUCAGAGACACACUACAAUUCACACUGGAGAGAAGCCAUAUUGCUGUUUGGAAUGUGGCAAGCAAUUCCGUGACAGGCGUGGUCUUCAGAGACACUCUGGAAUUCACACCGGAGAGAAGCCGUUUUGCUGUUUGGAAUGUGGUAAACGAUUCUUUAGCAAGAAUACUCUGCAGAGACACAAAAGAAUUCAUAUAGGAGAGAAGCCAUAUUGCUGUUUGGAAUGUGGCAAACGAUUCUGUGACCCAAGUAGUCUGCGAAGCCACGCAAGUAUUCACACUGGAGAGAAGCCAUAUUGCUGUUUGGAAUGUGGCAAACACUUCCGUGUCAAGAGUGCACUUCAGAGACACACUGGAAUUCAUACCGGGGAGAAGCCGUAUUGCUGUUUGGAAUGUGGCAAACAAUUCCGUGACAGGAGUUGUCUUCACAGACAUGCUGUAAUUCAUACUCGACUGAAAACUCGUGUUGUGAAAAGAAAGAAAACUAAACCUUUGUUGAGAAAUUAAUCCCAAGAGAAGCCAAUUACUGUUUUGAUUGUGCCCAAUGUUUCAAUGACAACAGUAAUCUUCAGAGUUGCAAAAGAUUUCAGGCCAAUCCCUUGCUGCAACCCUAAUGCAGUAAGAAAUAACGGACCUAUCCGGACUAAAGAAUGAUGUUAACUCCUGUAAGCACACAGAGAAACUUUAUAAAAAUGAACCCAGAGAGAAGCCAUUUUCCUGUUCUGAAUAGAGCAAACAUUUGUCUACUGGGAGUAAUCUUCAGAAAUACUCAAGAAUUCACACUGGAGACCUGAGUUGUUCAGGAAAAAACCCAAAGGGUUUUAUAGAAUGUUAAGUUGGGGCACAGUGGAAGUAAGUACACCACUACAGAAAAAAAGAAUUGAAAUACAGUGUUCCCUCCUCCAUUGCAGGGGUUGCGUUCCAGAAUCCCCCGCGAAAGGUGAAAAUCCGCGAAGUAAAAACCAUAUGUUUAUAUGCUAAUUUUUAUAUUGUCACACUUGGGUCACAGAUUUGCACAGAAUCACAGGAGGUUAUAGAGAGACAGGAACUUUAUUCAAACACUGCAAACAAACAUUUGUCUCUUUUUCAAAAGUUUAAACGUCCUCCAUGACAAGACAGAGAUGACAGUUCUGUCUCACAAUUAAAGGAAUGCAAACAUAUCUUCCUCUUCAAAGGAGUACGCCUCAGGAGCAGAGAAUGUCAGAGAGAGAGAGAAAAGCAAACAAUCAAAAAUCAAUAGGGCUGUUCGAGCUUUUAAGUAUGCGAAGCACCAUGCGGGAAGCUUAUCGCUUGACAAAGCAGCCGCAAGUAAGCCCAGCAAGAAAGGGAGCAAUGUGAAAGUAGUCUUUCUGCAUUUUUUUAGAUGAGCGUCCGUAUCCUCUAGGGGUGCAAACAGCCUCCCUGCUCACACUCUCUCUGUCAGGAGCAGAGAAUGUCAGAGCGAGAGAGAGAGAAAAGCAAACAAUCAAAAACCGAUAGGUGCUGUUUGGUCUUUUAAGAAUGUGAAGCACCGUGUGGGAAGCAUAUCGCGCAACAAAGUAACAAGUAAGCCCAGCAAGGAAGGGAGCAAUGUGAAGGUAGUCUUUCAGCGUUUUUUGAGGAACGUCCGUAUCCUCUAGGGGUGCGAACAGCCCCCCUGCUCACAAUAUAUUUGAGGAGUUUUAUUUAAUACGUAAUACAUGCUCUGAUUGGGUAGCUUCUCAGCCAUCUGCCAAUAGGGUCCCUUGUAUGAAAUCAACUGGGCAAAAGACCAAACUGAGGACGCAUGUACCAGAAAUUAAAAGACCCAUUGUCCACUGAAACCCAUGAACCAGCGAAAAAUCCGCAACAUAUAUUUAAAUAUGCUUACAUAUAAAAUCCGCGAAAGUCUAAGCGUGAUAUAGCGAGCGAUUACUGUAUUCUGGAGAAACAUAUAUGAUGCCCAAGAGCGCAAAUCAAGAAGCAGACUGGUGGUUAGUAAAAAUCCAGAAAGACAUUGAGAACAUACAAAUGAAGGGAAUGGAAUUGCCUGAGGUAGCCACUGAGGAAAUGGUAACCACGCUUAAAUCUGCUGCCAAUGGGAAAACACCUUGCCCUGAAGCCUUACCACACUUUUGGCUCAAACAACUGACAGCACUGCCUCAGGACAUGGCGACAUGUAAAAACAUUUUAAUGCAGGACCCACUUAGGACUCCACAGUGGCUUACUACUGGAACAACACUUCCAAUUCCAAAAUCGGACAAAACCACUGAACCGAAAAACUACCGCCCCAUAACCUGCCUGUCCACAAUUUAUAAACUCUUCACAGCAGUCAAUGCUAAGAGAAUUUAUUGCCCCUAGGAAGACGACAACAACUUUUAUUUCUAUAGCACAUUUUAAUACAAAUAAUGUAGCUCAAAGUGCUUUACAUGAUGAAGAAAGAGACAAAAAAAGACAAAGUAAGAGUUAAAAUAAGAGAACACUAAUUAACAUAGAAUAAAAGUAAGGUCUGAUUGCCAGGGAGGACAGAAAAAACAAAACAAAAAAAAAAAACUCCAGACGGCUGGAGAAAAAAUAAAAUCCGUAGGGGUUCCAGGCCAUGAGACCGCUCAGCCCCCUCUAGGCAUUCUACCUAACAUAAGUGACAUCAAUCAGUCCUCAUUGUAUUCAGGGUUCUUGUGGAAGGACUUGAUGAUGACGGUCAUGUGGACUUCUGGUCUUUAAUCCAUCCAUGUCGGGACAUCAUGGAGCUUUGAUUAGGUGGUGGUGGCGCAGAUCGCCACCACAGAAAAAUACUACAUGCAUACCAACUAAUAUGCAAGAAUCUGUGUAUUCAAAUAAAGAAUUUAUAUGCAAUAGGCCAUAAGGAGAUGUGAAUUGUGACUGGGAGCAGCAAUGACAGUGCCAAUAAUGGAGAAAUAUGCGGUGCCAACCAGGUCAUCCCAUUUAUUGUACCUGAAAAUAACGCUCUUCGGUAUGUGUGUCCCUCAAAACAGGAUUGAGAAACUGAUCAAAGUAGUUUGGCUGGUUAGCCAGAAGCUGGGAAACUUCAGUAAUGGAGGUCUGUCUGGAAGGUAGUUCAUGUCAGAAAUGAUGACUCCUUCUGGAAAACUAUGGCUUUUAUGGAAUGUGAACUGGACUGUUUAGAGUCCGUUAUCGUCACUGGGUGGUUUCUCUACACUGUGGAGAGAAGGAGAGACUGUUAGUGAUAGCGCACCCUCUUGUCCCGAUGGUCUAUUACAUACCUGGACAGAGCCUUUCAUGAGAUCCUUUCAUGUGCAUGUGUGACAGGGUGUGAUUGACAUUGACUACACAUAUAGAUUAGCAAUAAAUGAACUCCAAGGACCCAAACUUACAAAAAAUUGUUAAAUGAAAAAUCAAAAAGUCCAUGAUAAACCUUGCUCAUCUAUGCUGAAAAAAUGAUGGAAUGACUGAAACUACCCAGCCUUGUGCCCAGAUAGACACAGUACAAGACUCUGAGCAACAGAAACAUGAAUUCAAGCAGAAAAGGAGAACAACGGAUAAGGCAACAAACACAGUGGGAAAUCUCAAGACCUUUCUCCUGAAUGGCACUGAAUAGGUGAACUAUGACUAAAAGAUGAGUGCCUUCUCGUAAACAUGGCUGCACACAAGGUGGUCAAGGACAUCAAUAGAAACAAAUGGCACAUCAGAUCAGUGCUGCUUCUGUCAAACGGAGCUAGAAACUGUUAGACACCUGGUUGUGAGGUCCGGAUGGUACAAAGUGGCCAGACUGUAAAUUCUGCAGAGAAUGCAGCUGAUUACAAUAAAGACUUCAUGACGGAGAACAAGGAGGUGCAAGUCACUUGGGACACAACAAUACCAACUGACAGAAAACUGGACAUAGUUAUUAAAAACAGUCUACAAAAGCCUGGAUAAUUAAAGUACCAGUUCAAUUAUUGGAGUUUCAGAUGAGAGCAAAAGAAACUGAACAAAAGACUUGACACUGAGAGAGAAAGAAAGCUAAAGUUGGUCUUAUUAAGUCCGGAGCUCAGUAGCACAAAGUAACUAAAGCUUCAUUAUACAGCACACAAGUGACGGCUUGAUGAGGAGUGGGCACACUGCUCCAUCAUUAUAAUCCACAGCAGGGGGUCUUGUUCCCAUUUAGGCCUUGAGACACCCAGCUGUGCUGCCCAUUUAGCCGACAUAAAAGCAGCAUCACUGGGCAGAUGAAAGAUGAGGUCCAAGUUCUUCUUCCAGGCCAACCAACAUCCAUACUGUGGAGCAGACAGACAGGCAGACAUGUUAGUCUUCCACAGUUUGCCACAACCCUUUUCUGCAUCAGUGAUUUAAGCUUCUACCUGAAUGGAAUUUAGUUAUUUUCAAUUUUAAUUUAUGUUAAUAUGUAUUGUCCCCUGAGUUUGGAGCCUAUCCCUCUCAGUUUUGGACAUUUUGUGCACUUAAUAUUUUUUUAUGUUAUUUAAAUAAUUGUGUUCUUGCUGUCGAGAUUCUGUCAUUUGGAUAUUCAUUGCCAUUUUGUGCCUUUCUUUCCAUAGCGUCAGCCAUGAAGUUUAUGGUUUCAGUGUCUGUGCUCAGUUAAGUGAGUGUAUUGUCUGUAAUGCUCUUGUAUAGCCGUGUACAAAAGCAUUCAAUCCCCUUCAAGUCGUCAUAAUGUUCUGCAUGACACAAUAUUUGUACACAUUUUUCCAUUCGAUAUUUUUAGUGUAAACUCUUAUGCUGUAACAAUGCAUU